AAUUUAUAGAAUUUUAGUUUCAUUUAAUAGUCAGAGAAAAAACAUAAAAAUCACACACCAAAGUCACCAACCACUCUUCAUUCUCUUCUUUCACCUUCCAAUGGAAUCUGAAAUUGCUUCAGAGCAUCUUCCCUUCAUCAGAAUCUACAAAGACGGUCGCGUCGAGCGACUUUCCGGCACCGAAAUCAUCCCACCGUCUCUAGACGCCGCAACAAACGACGUCGUUUCAAAGGACGUCGUAUACUCACCGGAGCAUAACCUCUCUGUUCGUAUCUUCCUCCCUCAUAAAUCCACCGCCGGCGAAAACAAAAAAAAACUCCCGUUACUCAUCUACAUCCACGGCGGAGCUUGGAUUAUCGAGUCACCAUUCUCUCCCAUUUACCACAAUUUCCUCACGGAGAUCGUCAAAUCCGGUAACUUCCUCGCCGUAUCGGUUCAGUACCGCCGUGCGCCGGAAAAUCCGAUCCCAGCGGCGUAUGAUGAUUCAUGGUCGGCGGUUAAGUGGGUUUUCUCUCAUUCCGAUGGAUCUGGUCCUGAAGAUUGGGUUAACGAAUUCGCCGAUUUCGGAAAAGUUUUCAUUGCCGGAGAUAGCGCCGGCGGAAACAUGUCGCAUCACAUGGCGAUUAGAGCCGGUAAGGAGAAGCUCGAGCCGAGAAUCAAAGGAAUCGCGAUUGUGCAUCCAGCUUUCUGGGGAAGAGAUCCGGUGGAUGAGAAAGAUGUGCAAGACAGAGAGAUGAGAAACGGAAUCGCUGAAGUUUGGGAGAAAAUCGCGAGCCCGAAUAGUGUUGAUGGUACGGACGACCCGCUUUUUAACGUGGUCGGAUCCGGGUCGGAUUUUUCGGAAUUGGCGUGUGAGAAGGUGUUGGUUGCUGUGGCCGGGAAAGAUGUGUUUGUGAGGCAAGGGUUGGGUUACGCGGCGAAGCUGGAGAAGAGUGGGUGGGUAGGUGAUGUGGAGGUUGUUGUGGAAGAAGAUGAAGGACAUGUGUUUCAUCUCCAAAACCCUAAUUCUAAGAAUGCUGAGAAGUUCUUGAAGAAACUCGUCGGGUUUAUUAUCGGUUAAUUAAUUAUUAAUGUAACGAGUGAUUUGUGUGAAUGUAGUUUGGUGUGAUUAAGUAUGUUAAAACUUAAAAUCAUUAUUAUGAUGAAUAAAAUUUGCAGUUGAGUUCAGUUA